AUGAUCAGCACCAAGAAGCUCCUUGCGAUGGCAAAGAAGUGGCAGAAGGCAGCUGCCAUUGGGCGGAGAAGACUCUCACUGGGCAGAAGCAGCGCAGAUGGGGAGGCUUGUUAUAAUAACCCCAAACAGCCAGUAGCUAGCAAAGGCCACUUCGUUGUAUACACAGUCGAUAAGAAGCGAUUUGUGGUUCCCUUGGCGUAUCUCAACAACAACAUCAUCAGACAACUCUUCAGGAUGUCCGAAGAGGAGUUUGGACUACCGGGAGAAGGCCCCAUCACAUUGCCAUGCGAUGCAGUUUUCAUGGAAUACGUUAUAUCCUUGCUUCGUCGAAGAGUGCCUCAACACUUGGAGAAUAGUUUGAUUACAUCCUUGGCCACAGGACGCUGCUUUGCUUCUUCUUCUUCUUCUUCUUCUAUUUCUCAAGGCCAAACGCAGCAACAAACACUUCUCCAUGGCUUUUAA